AUGAAAUUUUUGAUUGCUGUUGGCAUUGAUGCAAACGGAAAUAUUUUUCCACUUGCGUAUGCUAUAGUUGCACGUGAGAGCUAUGAGUCAUGGACUUGGUUUCUCAGUUUAUUAUGGAGACAUGUUGUUUGUGAUAGAAAAGGCAUUGGACUAAUUUCUGACCGUCACCAAGGGAUCUUGCAAUGUGUAAUGACACAUGAAUGGUUACAGCCACCCACCACACAUCAUAGAUUUUGUGAUCGACAUUUAAAAAGAAACUUUAACAAAAAGUUUCUUAACUCUGAUCUUGAGAAGCUAAUGUGGUUGGAUGCUACAGAGCACCGGAAGAAGAAAUACCAAAUGAGGAUGCAACAAAUCAAAACUUUGUCACCUGCAAUGCAUAUGUGGUUAAGCGAGCUUUCGAAGGAAAAAUGGACAUUGUAUAAGGACGGUGGUUAUAGGUGGGGGGCUAUGACGACAAAUGUCUCUGAGUCUUACAACAGUUUAUUGAAGAAAGACUGUGGAUUGCCUGUUACUGCCAUGAUUCACUGGACCUUUAAAAAUAUUGUUGAUCAUUUUGUUAAAAGAAGCGCCCUUGCUGCUCUGCCAAUGGUAAAUAAGAAGACUUGGCCGCCCGGUGUUGAUAAGAAGUUCCAUGAAUAUUGGGAUAGGGCCGCCAUGCACACUGAUAUGAUGAACUACAACAUUGUGACUGGGGUCUUCGAGAUUCUGACAUUUGCACACGAAGGUAAGGGUGGAAAUGUCCAUAAAGUCUCUAACAAUGGAAAAAAAUGUUCGUGUGGGAAGUGGAAAAACUACCACAUUCCAUGUUCCCAUGCAAUUAAAUUCUGUCGGAUCCGUAAAAUUCAGCCUAAGGACUAUGUUAGCAAGUACUACAGUUGUAGGUAUUACAAGCAAACAUACAGUGGAAAGUUUUCUCCCUUAGGUGAUGAGGCAUAUUGGCCUGCAACGUGCGAUUUGUUGCUGCAGCUUGUUCUUCAGCGAGCUUAA